AUGGGUUUCGCUUUGAGAAGGCCCGAUGAUGCCGUGGGCUCUGCUGCCCCGGCCAUCUUGAUCGGCCUGUUUGUUGCAUUCGGUGGUGUUCUCUUUGGUUACGACACCGGUACCAUCAGCGGUAUUCUCGCCAUGAAGUACUGGCGUGAGACUUUCUCAACUGGUUACAUCAACAAGACAGACGGCAUGAAGGAUGUCACCUCCUCCCAGUCCUCCAUGAUCGUGUCUCUCCUCUCUGCCGGUACCUUCUUCGGUGCUCUCUUCGCUGCCCCCAUCGCGGAUAAGUUUGGUCGUCGCCUGGGCAUGAUCAUGGAUACUGGUGUCUUUGUCGUCGGUGUCAUCCUUCAGACCAUUGCUACCUCCAUCCCCCUGUUUGUUGCUGGUCGUUUCUUCGCUGGUCUGGGUGUCGGUCUGCUCUCCGCAACCAUCCCCCUCUACCAGUCUGAGACCUCCCCCAAGUGGAUCCGUGGUACCAUUGUUGGUGCUUACCAGCUGGCUAUUACCUUCGGUCUGCUCCUCGCUGCCAUCGUCAACAACGCCACCAAGGAUCGCAACGAUACCGGUUCCUACCGUAUCCCCGUCGCCAUCCAGUUCGCCUGGGCCAUCAUCCUUGUUGUCGGCAUGAUCGUUCUCCCCGAGACCCCUCGCUUCCUGAUCAAGCAGGACCGCUACGAGGAGGCCACCAAGGCCCUCGCUCGUCUUCGCCGCAUGGACGUCAACGACCCUGCUGUUGUUGCUGAACUUGCCGAGAUCCAGGCUAACCACGAGUUCGAGAUGCGCCUUGGAGCUGCUAGCUACCUUGAGAUCUUCCGCGGCACUCUCGGUAAGCGUCUUGCUACUGGAUGCGCCGUCCAGGGUCUGCAGCAGCUCGCCGGUGUCAACUUCAUCUUCUACUACGGCACCACCUUCUUCCAGAACUCUGGAAUCCAGAACUCCUUUGUCAUCACCCUCAUCACCAACAUCAUUAACGUCGUCUCCACCUUCCCCGGUCUCUACAUGGUCGAGAAGUGGGGUCGUCGCCCUCUCCUGUUGUUCGGUGCCGUCGGCAUGUGUGUCUCUCAGCUGAUCGUCGCCAUCGUCGGAACAGCCGUCGACUCAGACGUGUCAAACAAGGUUCUCAUCGCCUUCGUCUGCAUCUACAUCUUCUUCUUCGCUUGCUCCUGGGGUCCCGUCGCCUGGGUCGUCACUGGUGAGCUGUUCCCUCUCAAGGCCCGCGCCAAGUGUCUCUCCAUCACCACUGCCACCAACUGGCUCCUGAACUGGGCCAUCGCCUACGCCACCCCCUACAUGGUGAACAGCGGUCCUGGCAACGCCAACCUCCAGUCCAAGGUCUUCUUCAUCUGGGGUGGUUUCUGUCUCAUCUGCGCUAUCUUCGUCUACACUUGCAUCUACGAGACUAAGGGUCUCUCCCUUGAGCAGGUUGAUGAGCUUUACUCCAAGGUUUCUUGUGCCUGGAAGUCUGUUGGCUGGGUUCCUUCUGUCAACUACGCUGAUGUUCGGGAUGUCUCGAACGGAAAGUCUGGUGAUCUCGCUCAGCUUGAGAUUGAUGCCGGCGAGAAGCGCGCUGAGGGCGCUACCCACCACGAGAGUGUUGGUGCUAAGGCUGAUGUCUAA